CGUGUUUACGCAGGGUCGUUGCAGCCCGUGUCACCAUGGCGAUGGCUCUUCUCCAUCUUGGUCCCGGUGGUGCUGACCAUCCGAGCCCUGAAGAGACGCAGUCUGGAUGCAUCGGGGGCGCUGGGAGCACUUUUUGUGGGCUUCGUGCUGACCAUGGCCAACUUGAGUUUCUUCUCGUCGCUGCUGGCCUUCUUCGUCACAUCGUCCAAACUGACGCGCUGGGGCGCGGCGCAGAAGAAAAAGAUGGACGCCGACUUCAAGGAAGGCGGCCAGCGAAACUGGGUGCAGGUGUUCUGCAACGGCGGCGUUCCCACGCAGCUGGCGCUGCUCUACAUGAUCGAGGUGAGUGCCGGUAGAAAACCUGGAAAGAUCCAGAAGCAGAAUUGUGGAAUAGUGCGAGGACUGAAGGCCGGCGUUUAUGUCGCCACUUCACAAACCAUAUAAAUACUGUUACGUCCCGUUUGCAAUCAGCCAUUU